UGAUUUUCAAAUUAUAGAUUUUGAUGCUGGUUUUUUGCUUGUGUCAAAUUCUGUUUGGGAGGACAUGAAUAUUUUCAAGAUAAUAGGUAGGCUAUGUUGUAUUGAAAUGGAGAAAAUAUAAGAGAAGAGCAAUCUCUCUCCAAUGGUUGGUAGAUCUUCUAAGCAGUGACUGAGUGCUAAUUAUAAAGAAGUAUUUUUAAAUGUGUGUAUGACACACUAGCACACGCACGCAGAGCGACAGAAGUGAGAUGACGGCAGUCAUCGUUUGCUAGGCGACUGGGCGAGCAGUGAAGAGUGCAGUGCAGGGGACACAACAGUCGUAGUUCGGCCGCUACUCUGUCAACAAACGAUACUACUCUAUUUUUAGGUCAGCUUUCAGUUUUCAACAUUUUUAGACGAACGCUGAACGCGAAAAAUGAGAGAAAUUGUCCACUUACAAGCCGGACAGUGCGGCAACCAAAUCGGCUCAAAAUUCUGGGAGAUAAUAUCCGAUGAGCAUGGCAUAGAUCCAACUGGAGUCUACCACGGGGAUAAUGAACUUCAAUUGGAAAGAAUCGAUGUCUAUUAUAAUGAAGCUGCCAGAGGAAAAUAUGUUCCUCGAGCGAUUUUGGUGGACCUUGAGCCUGGCACAAUGGACUCUGUGCGAUCGGGACCAUUUGGGCUGCUGUUCAGGCCUGACAACUAUGUCUUCGGACAGAGUGGAGCAGGUAACAACUGGGCGAAAGGGCACUACACAGAGGGCGCCGAGUUGGUGGACGCAGUGUUGGACGUCCUGCGUCGCGAGGCCGAGAACUGCGACUGCCUGCAGGGCUUCCAGCUGGCCCACUCCCUGGGCGGGGGCACUGGCUCCGGCAUGGGAACCCUCCUUAUCUCCAAAAUCAGGGAGGAGUAUCCCGAUCGCAUCAUGAACACAUUCAGUGUUGUGCCUUCUCCCAAGGUAUCGGAUACAGUUGUGGAGCCGUACAAUGCAACACUGUCGGUUCACCAGCUGGUGGAGAACACGGAUGAGACUUUCUGCAUCGAUAACGAGGCUCUGUACGACAUCUGCUUCAGGACGUUGAAGCUGACGUCACCCACCUACGGAGAUCUCAACCACCUUGUAUCUGUAACAAUGUCUGGAGUGACAACAUGCCUGAGGUUUCCUGGCCAGUUGAAUGCGGAUCUGCGCAAACUGGCAGUGAACAUGGUCCCCUUCCCGCGGCUGCACUUCUUCAUGCCGGGAUUCGCCCCUCUCACCGCCAGGGGGAGCCAGCAGUACAGGGCGCUCUCUGUGUCCGAGUUGACGCAGCAGAUGUUCGACGCCAAGAACAUGAUGACAGCCUGCGAUCCGCGGCACGGCCGAUACCUGACGGUGGCCGCCAUAUUCAGAGGAAUGAUGUCCAUGAAGGAGGUCGACGAGCAAAUGUUGAAUGUGCAGAACAAAAAUUCCGGGUACUUUGUGGAAUGGAUUCCGAACAACGUGAAAGUAGCCGUAUGCGACAUCGCGCCGAGGGGACUGACAAUGUCGGCCACUUUCAUCGGGAACACAACAGCAAUCCAGGAGAUUUUCAAGAGAAUAUCGGAACAGUUCACAGCCAUGUUCCGGAGGAAGGCGUUCUUGCAUUGGUAUACCGGAGAGGGCAUGGACGAGAUGGAGUUCACCGAGGCCGAAUCCAACAUGAACGAUCUGGUCUCCGAAUAUCAACAAUACCAGGAAGCAUCAGCUGAAGAUGAUGUGGAGUUCGACGAGGAAGAAGUUAUUCCAGAGGAACAAGAGCAAGAACCAGAGGCCUAGUCAAUCUCAUUACAAAUAAUCACUUGAACAAUUCAUUUGUAAAGCAGGCAUAUGGGAACAACAUUCACUUUGUAUUAAAUAAAAUGUAAAUACCUAUUUAAAUCUAGAAAAUUA